CGCUGGCUUGCCCGCGUGCCUCUUAUGUAGGCGCUUCGUCGUCUCCCUCGCCAUCACACGCACCGCCUCUCCGCCUUCUCAAGUACACGCGCGCGGGCAGUCCGUCGUCGCGCUCACCACCACCACCACUUCCCCCCUCCCUAGUCCUUCUCCUCCAUAUAGUCGACCGCAGCAAUCUUACUGCCGGCCAUGCUGCAGGCGGGCUCGGAGCGGCGGUUACUACCGGCGGGGAGCAUGUGGGUGCCGGGGAUGAGCCUGCAGCAGGCGCCGUACGGGGCCGCUUCUCCGUCGGCCAGGGCGCUGGAGAUCGCGCGGAGGCGGGACGAGAUGCUCGGCAUGCUGCACGGCCUCCCCGAGUCCGACUACGAGCUCUCCCUCACCGACCUCGUCGAGAAGACCGCCGCCUCCGGGGGCGCCAACGCUGGCCUGCCCCUUCCGCCGCCGCUGCCGCCGAGCCCGAGCGAGAGGAAGGAGCCGAUCCCGAGCCCCCUGGGGAGGCCUGGUUGGCAGUCCGAGCAGCAGCCGGCGGCGAAGACCAAACCUUUUCCCUCCUCGAGGCGGCGGAGCGAGAGCGGGAGCGGGAGCGGGAGCGCGAGGAGCAGCUUCCGCAGCAGCAGCGACAGCGUCCUCCUCAACUUCUACAUGCCCCGCUCCAUCACCCGCAGCUUCACCGCCCCGCGCGCCGGCGGCCGCGGGUCCUCCGUCUCCGGCCCCGCCAGGGCCGCCGUCGUUCCCGACGACUCCAACAAGAGGGAGAGAGACAGCGACUCCGUCAAGUGCUGGCCGAUGAUGCCGUGGGACCGGCGGUGGCGGAAGUCCAGCCGGCGGGACACGGCCGGCGGCGAGUUUGAGGCCAUCCUAAAGAACUAAUCUGCUUCCCAAGAAAAGUCUCAAGACUCUGACGUCGUUGAUAAAAAACAAACGCAGGUCUGACGAACGCUGGGUGUACACAAUACACACACGUGUUGGCGGCUCUGUACAUACUUCAUACGCGAUACGGUUUGGCUGUUUAGUUUCUACUAGUGGUAUGAGUGUAGUAUACGGGUCCGAAAAGGACUAGUAUUGUCUUGUGAACGAACUGAUUGUGUGUAUAGAACCAAUAUGCUAGUUUGCCUUCCUGGCCUUGCAAUGCAACGUAAUUUGACAAACAAGAGAUCAAAAUGGAGGUAUUAUCCCCUGCAA